CUUGCUCAUAAACACCAGUUUAGUCUAAUCUUGGACCGCUGCCGCACUCCAGUUCCUCAUCGUCCCCCAGCAUGAACAGUGCACUACCUCUCAAAUUUGGGCUCGGAAUAAUUCAGUUUGAAGAUCACAUCCCUCAACUUGAACACAUCCUCAAAUCUCUUCAUCUCCCGAAUCAUUAUCUUCCCUACUCAAAAGCGUCCCUGACCACGCUUGCUUGCGCCGCUGUCAUAAUCCUCGCGAUCAUCAUCCUGUGCUUUCUCUUCCCACGCACCUCUACUACUGAUCAAGGCGUCGAUCCUGCGUAUGCUUUGACGCACUUGAUCGUCCCAUCGCACGUGGCAUGGCCGCGAGACUAUGCGUGUAUCAUCCCACACUCCGCAUCAGCCAAGUCGAAAACUAUCUAUGUAUCACUGUCUGGCCUUAUCCAAGGAGUAUGCGAUGGCACAGUUCAGAUCCGCAGAUACGAGGACUUGAGCGAACUUCUGCGCGAUAAGCUGGUUCUGUGCGGAUGGCGCAUCCUGGUCAAUGUGGACUCAAACUGGAACUGGGAUAUUCUCUGGUGGAGGAUGAGCACGUAUUUUUUGCAAAAUAAGGAGGGAAAUGGGCUGGUGUCGGACCGAAAUAUGACUCGCUCGCCGAAACGCAUCCACUGCGGUGCCCACAAGUUGCAAGAAGAAUGGGCCAACAUGUGCUGCUCAGUCACCACAAACACUCAUCUGGACUUGGAAUUCAUCCCCUAUCCUCUAGUCACCACACAGCUUCGCAAGCUCCGCAACACAUUGCCUCCGGGCUCAACGGCUAGUCUCGAAUUCACAGCACCCGCUGUUCCCAUUACUUCCAUGACCCCUUUGUUCACGCUGUGCGCCAUCCCUUUCUUGCCUCGGCGGUGCUCCACUCAACGCCGCCGGACUACUACGCCUCUUCUUCUCUCUUUGCACGGUCUUCUCGAAGCCUUGACUAUCGGUGACGGUUCGCUUGCUCUUGAAAGCGCAUCAAACGCGUCAAGUACAUAUUCGGCUGUGCUGAUGGACCGAAACGAAAAACUGGAAGAGGACCGUCAAGUCAGAACCAGGUAUAUCUCAUCUUUUGGCGAACGGUCUUGGCGCGAAGAACGUUUCAUGCUAGCUUGGGAGGCAGCGUUGUUCUCUGCCGGGUUGCUCAAGCGCUGGAUUGUGGUCGUUCGAAAAGAAGAAUGAAAGCAAAAGUGUACAGAGAUCCACAAGCUCUAGAUGUUAAAAAUAACUUAUAUCCAAGCGACAUGCAUUAUAACACGUCUACGUCGAUGGGCUGCCGCUUCACUCGUGGUCUUAGCGCUAGUGGCCGGAUCCACAGUUUGAUCAGUCCUGCGCGGGUGGAUGUAAGUAUUGACCGUGGAAGAAAGACCACAGUCGCAAGGAUGUCGCUGUCAACAGGCUUGAUCUAAGAGACUGGUUGAGUGGAAGUGCAGACAGCUGAUGCAUUCUCUCACCAAACAAGGCUGCACUACCGCGAUUUCGUUCCGAGAUGGAGCCGGAUGAUAUCGCGGAAACGGGGUCUCUUCGCCAGUCGGAAGAAAAAUCGUGGAACGAUCUCGCCGCAACGCAAGUGACACGGUCGAGGCCAUCGACAUGCGCUGCUGAUGGGUUGGCUGGAACUUGGGGCGGUGGAGUGCUCCGCUGGAGAAAUCCCAGAGUAUGAGUUUGUUGUCUUCGCCCACACUCCCGAAACGAUAUGUGCGACCGUCACAGCGCAGUUCGUCGAAAGCCACCGCAGACACAAAUGAGGAGUGACCUUGACAUCGCGCGAUGACGCGUUGCUCCCAAGGAGAAAAGAUGGUCAGCAGAUCGUCUUGACCGCCGGUCUGCGCCAAUGGUCACAUGGCAGCAAAGCACAAAGGAGAGGAUACGAACCAAGAUGAACCGUCCAUCCGGUGACCAUGCAACACAAGUCAGCGCACCGAAAUAGGAUGCAUAGCAGUCAACCAGCCUGCCCGAUUUCUAGUAACAAGGAGAUCGGACUGAGAAACACUAACUGCUCUGCCAAAGCAUCGAUGACCCGGAGGCACCCAUCCUCAGAUAUGGCUGCAACGUACUUGACAUCAGGAGAAAACACGAAAUCUGAGAUCACGAAAUCAGCAGAAAAGACCUGAGCACACAAACACAUCCCUCACCAACAACUGCACGCCGCGAGACGCGCCAAUGGCUGACAGGGUUUUUUGCGACCUUCUCUCCCUUGGGAGCACCGGGCACUGUCCCCGAGACUGGAUGCCAGGGAGGUAUUGUUAUGAAGAUGCUGUCGAUGGGAUCCCAAUCAACGACCUCCUGCGGGGAAAAGGUCCCAUCUUCUCGCCCUUUGUCGUAGACAAUAAUUGUCCCGUCGGCAUGUGCGACGAGAAACAGGUUCGCAGAGCCCGGAACCCAUCGUACAGCAGAGCACGGAGAGCUUGAAAUGCUGCCCUGUUUGUUCAAUCGAGUGUAACGAGACACGGUGGGGUCUUUAGAGAUAUACAGAUUCAGAAUGAUGCUGGGAGAGAGAAAAAUGCACUGGCACCUAGCCAAACCAGAUCCCCAGUAUGGAACCCAAUGAUAACAUCCAGCCGGUCAGGCGUUGAGCUCAGCAAGUUGAUAUCGUGGCAAGUUGGGUACGCCGCAAACGUCAUGCGAGCCAGUGGUUCCUGAAGGAUCAGGAAUUAGAGGGGAAGCACUGAGCCCGAGUGGGACUGACUUUGGUUUUGGACGCAGCCUCAAUCCAGAUGAAAUUCUUGGACACGUUAUAAAACAUGAACGUCACAUCGCCUGACUUGGAUUGCAACAGCCGAGGGAGACCUUCCGCAUUCUGUAUACGGGUGAUGAACGUCGAGGAUGUCGUACGCAUAUUGUGUUUAGGCCUAGCGACGGCCUUCUUUUUCCCCGGCGCCGCUGCUGAGGGACCCGCAAACAGAGUGUGCUCCCGUGUCGUCGGCGGUAUAUUCUCCUGUGCCCCAGACGCAUCCUCGUCGGGAGAAUCGCUGCUGGAGAGACUGAUUCCAUCAUCCUUAUCCUUCACCACAUCCUUGCCUCUAUCCUUAUCCUGCUUCUCCUUGUCCUUCUUCGAGUCUUUGUUCCCUCCUCCUAGUAGCUGCGCAAAGCCGGGUCCUCCGCCGCUUUUCACAGGCGGAAAUUUGAUCGAGAUGGUCGAGACACGAGUGGGAAACAGCGCGGGCGAGGCUCCGAAGUGGGGAAGCACGGAAGGCUUGUGUUCCUCCGUCACGGUGUACACGCCCUCUGGUGCGACGAACGUCGAUUCGUUCUCCAUACGCGAAGAUCCUCACUCGCGAUGGAGAGUUGUCAUGUAGAGGUUCAAGGGCAGAUUGAUUUGAUCAGAAGCGGUCCGAGUCCCCGCCUCGGGAACCCGGAUCUUACGAGGCGAGCAUGUUGACUCUACGCCGCAUACCAAACAGUCCAUGGAAAACCCUACUGCGUCGCAGCUCCAGUGCAGCAGAGCCUCCCCCAGCUGGAGGCCAUCUACCUUCUGUGGCUACCUCUCAGCUGCUUCGGACCACCAGGGAAGGCGCGUUGAAGACCCGAGGACUUACUUGGAACGACGAUGAUUCUGUGCAAACGUUUCCUGGUGCGAGCCGCGAAACGCGAAAGAUGAAUGUCUAUCAAGCGGUGCGAGAUGCGUUGAGUAUCGCGUUAACGAAGGAUGACAACGCGGUGGUCUUCGGAGAGGACAUAGCUUUCGGCGGCGUGUUUCGAUGUACCAUGGGUCUUGCGGAGGAAUUCGGUCGUGAACGAGUCUUCAACACCCCGCUGACGGAGCAAGGAAUCGCUGGUUUUGCCAUAGGAAUGGCAGUCAUGGGCCACACCGCUAUUGCAGAAAUCCAGUUCGCUGAUUAUAUCUUCCCCGCAUUUGAUCAGAUCGUCAAUGAAGCUGCGAAGAUCCGCUACCGCUCAGGCGGACAGUAUAAUGCGGGUGGUCUGACGAUUCGGACACCGAGCAUGUCUGUGGGACAUGGUGGAUUGUACCACUCUCAAUCGCCGGAAGGGUUUUUCAUGGGUGUUGCAGGGAUCAAGGUGGUUAUACCUCGAUCCCCCAUUCAAGCCAAAGGGCUAUUGCUGGGCUCGAUCCGUGACCCGAAUCCAGUCAUCUUCAUGGAACCGAAAAUCCUCUAUCGAUCUGCUGUCGAACAGGUUCCUGCCGACGACUUCACACUGCCACUUGGCGAAGCAGAAACGCUCGUGGCCGGAACCGAUCUGACUCUCCUCACGUGGGGAACACCCGUGUAUCACUGCGAAACGGCUCUCAAGAUGCUGGCAGACCCGCCACCCGGACUGGCUCCCCACGUGCCAGAAUCUGUUCGAAAGGCCCGGAUAGAGCUCAUAGAUCUCAGGACGAUUCUUCCUUGGGAUGCAGCUACGAUCGCGGAAAGCGUGUCUCGCACAGGACGACUGGUGAUAGUGCAUGAGGCUGGUCUGACAGCCGGCGCGGGUGCAGAAAUUGCUGCCGAGAUCCAAAAACGUUGCUUCUUGAAACUUGCUGCCCCAGUUCGCAGGAUCACCGGAUGGGACACGCCAGUCGCACUGCAGUAUGAGCGAUUCUAUAUCCCAGAUGCAGUGCGCAUUCUGGAUGGCAUUGUGGAAACAUUAUCUUACUAGCGGGGUCUUUAUCUCGCAGGGGACAAAACCAGUGGUGGUCAUCCAGAAUUCUCAUGCCAACGGUCUACUGCAGUACUCACCCAGAAAGGUCAAUAGGCGAAUUUGUAGUCCCGAAGCAAUCCGAGAGUUAUUCUACCUGGCCAUGUGUAGGAUGAGGAAGCUCGAGUGUACGGGCUCGUUUGAAGUGUCUCUUGAAUCAAUCUCCAUAGAAUGAA